GUAGUGGAGGGGGAGUGCAGCGGAGUGCUCGAGAGGGCCGACGAGGGGAGGACUGAGUGGAGUGUACGGUGGCUGCCUAAACGCUUAUCAGCGAAACGCUCGAUUCAGCGAGUUGCAUUCAUUCAGUCCGCUGUCACCGGCCGAGCAGCAAUACGGCUCGGAUCGAAGCGAAUCGAAUUGAGCUAGGUAUAAAUCGGAAUCGGAGCGGAAUGAGCCAUAACAACGUGAUCUGCACGAUCUGUUCGGAGCGGUAUCGCACCUCGGACAACAUACACGCCGGCAGAUGUGGACACGCGUUCCACGAGGAGUGCCUGGACCGCUGGAGGAAGCAAUCAAGAACUUGCCCCAUCUGCCGCUGCCAGGAUGCAGCGUACUUUCAGCUUUAUCUGGACUUCGAGGAGUCCCCGGGAAGUGCAUCGGCACGGGGUGGCAGUGGGAGUGGCCGUAAUCGGAGCCAAGGUCAGAGCGCCUGCAGUCACAGCAACAGCAACAGCAACAGCAGCAGCAGCAGCAGCAACAACAGCAGUAUCAGCAGCAGCGAUUAUAUGGGAAUUAUGAGGGAGUACGAAAAUCUGCUUUACGAGACGGGUUUGUUCCAAGAAGAGAUCAAAUAUCUUAACCAGCGGAUCGAGGCCCUUACUGUCCGCAAUUCUGAACUCGGCAAUCUGCCUGGAGAGUCGGAUUCGGAUGUUGAUUAAUAGCCGAAACCAGAUGAUUACCCAAUCGAAACUGAAUCUCUUCUCAAGUCAUUGGGAAACAGACAAGCAAAACUUAAAAGGCUGAGCAAAGCAAAAGAAUAACAAAAACAAUAUAAGUCGAUACAUUUGAAAGGAAGCGGCAGGUACGGCGUUAGCAAAUACAUAAUACAUAUAUUAUACCAAACUAUAUAAUAAGAUAAGAAGCCCAAA